AUGCAUCAUCCUGCAUUUCAUAGUCUCAAGUCAAAGUCUCACACAAACUUUCUUUUCCAGAGAGAGAAAAAGGUCAACUCAUUUCAAAAGGUGGCCCCACGUGUCAUCUACAAGUCAACCCGUACUCACUACACUAGAGCAAACGUAAAGAAGAAGAUGGAUUAUCUUGAGCAAGAAAAUCGGGUACUUCGUGAAGAAAUGACAGCCAUGCAGACUAAGAUGGACGAGAUGGCUGAAUUAAUGAAGACAAUGGCGGAAGCUCAGACUCAAGCUCAAGUACAGAUUCAAGCACAAGCGCAAGCAUUAGCACAAGUGCAAACUCAAGCUCAGGCCCUAACAGAGGCGCAGGCCCGAUCACAAGCACCUCCACUUCCUCCUCCUGUCAGAACUCAGGCCGAGGCAUCUUCUUCUUGGACACUAUGUGCUGACACUCCAACGCAGUCCGCUCCGCAACAUUCCACGCCUUGGUUUCCACCUUUCACUGCCGGGGAGAUAUUUCGUCCUAUUGCUUGUGAAGCUCAGAUGCCUACUCACCAGCACACGGCUCAAGUACCCCCACCUACCAUGAGGGUCACUCCAGCCGCCAUGACCUACUCAGCACCUGUGAUGCAUACAAUUCCGCAAACUGAAGAGCCUAUCUUUCAUUCAGGGAAUGCAGAGGCUUACGAGGGAGUAAGCGACCUACGAGAAAAGUACGAUGAACUACGCCGAGACAUGAAAGCUCUCCAUGAAAAAGGGAAAUUUGGGAAGACUGCGUACGAUCUCUGUUUGGUACCAAGUGUGCAGGUACCUCACAAAUUCAAGAUCCCAGAUUUCGAGAAAUACAAAGGGAGUUCUUGUCCUGAGGAGCAUCUAAAAAUGUAUGUGAGAAGGAUGCCUGCGUAUGCCCAAGAUGAUCAGAUUCUUAUCUACUACUUCCAAGAAAGCUUGACUGGCCCUGCUUCAAAGUGGUACACAAACCUAGACAAAACAAAGGUUCAAACUUUCCGUGACCUUUGUGAAGCUUUUGUGGAACAGUACAGUUACAAUGUAGACAUGACUCCGGACCGAAGUGAUCUCCAAGCCAUGACUCAGGGAGAUAAAGAGACGUUCAAAGAGUACGCCCAACGGUGGAGAGACACCGCUGCCCAAGUCAGCCCACGCAUUGAGGAGAAAGAAAUGACCAAGCUCUUCCUGAAAACCCUGAAUCAUUUCUAUUACAAAAAGAUGGUCGGGAGUACACCAAAGAGCUUCGCAGAGAUGGUUGGUAUGGGAGUACAGUUAGAGGAAGGAGUCCGAGAAGGACGCUUAGUAAAGAAUGCAACUCCUGCCAGUGGGACCAAGAAGACCGGGAACCAUUUCCCGAGAAAGAAAGAGCAAGAAGUCGAAUUACUUCCCGGCUUACUCAAGAAAAACCUUGUCCAAACUAGAACAGCUCCUCCUAUCCCAGAAAAACUACCAUCUUGGUAUAGACUUGACCAAACUUGUGACUUCCAUGAAGGGGGCCGCGGCCAUAACAUUGAAACUUGUUAUGCCUUUAAAAGCACAGUGCAGAGGUUGAUCAAUGAUGGAAAAAUAACUUUCACAGACUCGGCGCCAAAUAUUCAAACAAAUCCAUUGCCGAAUCAUGGUGCCGCAACAGUCAACAUGGUCGAAGAUUGUCACAAGACUCGUCCCAUUCUGAAUGUUCAACAUAUCAGGGCACCCUUGGUCCCGUUACAUGCCAAGUUAUGCAAAGUCGACCUUUUUGAGCAUGAUCAUGAUAUCUGUGAAAUAUGCCUUAUGAACUCCGGAGGAUGUCAGAAAGUAAGAAAUGAUAUUCAAGGGCUUCUAGACCGAGGAGAGCUUGUGGUCGAAAGGAAGUGUGAUGAUGUGUGUGUAAUAACUCCUGAAGGGCCUUUGGAGGUGUUUUAUGACAGUCGAAAGUCAACUAUCACCCCUCUGGUGAUCUGCUUACCGGGUCCACUGCUAUAUGCUUCUGAAAAAGCCAUUCCAUACAAAUACAAUGCUACCAUGAUUGAAGGGGGUCGUGAGGUUCCGAUACCGCCUUUGUCUAGUGUGGAUAAUAUUGUUGAAGACAGUAGAGUUCUGAGAAAUGGGCGCGUUGUUCCCAUAGUGUUCCCAAAGAAGAUUGGUGCUUCAGUAAACGAGGAGGUUCGGACUAAAGAGGCUGGUAUCACUAAAGAAGUAGAUCAACCCAAUGGGGCUGGUACAAACACAGAGUUUGAUGAGAUUCUCAAGUUAAUAAAGAAGAGCGAGUACAAGGUUGUUGACCAACUGAUGCAGACUCCAUCCAAAAUAUCCAUAAUGUCUUUAUUACUAAAUUCUGAGGCCCAUAAAGAUGCAUUGAUGAAGGUCUUAGAACAAGCUUUUGUAGAUUAUGAUGUAACGGUGGGUCAGUUUGGCGGAAUAGUAGGGAACAUCACUGCAUGCAACAACUUGAGUUUCAGUGAUGAAGAGCUCCCAGCAGAAGGGAGGAACCAUAAUCGGGCGCUGCAUAUAUCUGUGAACUGUAAGACCGAUGCUUUGUCAAAUGUGCUGAUGGAUACUGGAUCAUCUUUGAAUGUGUUGUCCAAAACAACUUAUGCCCAACUCGCUUACCAAGGCGCACCUUUGAGACGAAGUGGGGUAAUGGUGAAAGCUUUUGAUGGCUCGAGGAAGGAUGUCCUUGGAGAGGUGGUUCUACCUAUCACAGUUGGGCCACAAGUUUUUCAAGUUAAUUUUCAAGUCAUGGACAUUCAAGCUUCGUAUAGUUGCCUACUGGGUCGACCCUGGAUUCAUGAGGCAGGGGCUGUAACAUCCACACUGCAUCAAAAGCUGAAGUUUGUGAAGAAUGGGAAGCUAGUAACUGUAAACGGGGAAGAGGCUUUAUUGGUGAGUCAUUUGUCAUCUUUCUCUUUCAUUGGGGCAGACGAUGUCGAAGGGACACCUUUUCAAGGGUUUACUAUAGAAGAUAAGAAUACCAAGAGGAAUGAAGCCUCUAUCUCUUCUCUAAGAGAUGCUCAGAAGGUCAUACAAGCAGGAGGGUCCGCAAGCUGGGGAAAGCUGAUAGAGCUUCCAGAAAACAAGCACCGAGAAGGUUUGGGUUUCUUCCCAUCUACUAGUUUGUCCACAGCAAAGAAGGGCACUUUCCACAGUUCGGGCUUUAUCCAUGCAAUCAUUGAAGAUGAUCCUGAAAGUGUGCCACGAGGUUUUAUAACGCCAGGAGUAUCCAGCCACAAUUGGGUUGCUGUAGAUGUUCCUUUUGUUGCUCACUUGUCCAAAUUAGAAAUCGACGAACCCGUUGAACAACAUAACCCUAUGAUCUCUCCCAACUUUGAGUUCCCUGUGUGUGAGGCGGAGGAAGAAGAGAAUGAAGAGAUCCCCGACGAAAUCUCUCGACUACUCGAACAAGAGAGGAAGACCAUUCAGCCUUAUGGGGACGAACUAGAAGUGAUUAACUUGGGCACCAAAGAAGACAAGAAAGAAAUCAAGGUUGGGGCAUCGCUCGAAACAAGUGUUAAAAAGCAAGUGAUAGAGCUCCUCAAAGAAUAUGUUGACGUGUUUGCCUGGUCCUACCAAGAUAUGCCGGGUCUAGACACUGAUAUUGUGGUGCAUCACCUACCUUUGAAACCUGAGUGUCCACCAGUCAAACAAAAGUUGAGAAGAACACGUCCUGACAUGGCUCUCAAAAUCAAAGAAGAGGUACAGAAGCAGAUCGACGCAGGUUUCCUCAUCACAUCAAAUUACCCCCAAUGGUUAGCUAACAUAGUGCCUGUUCCAAAGAAGGAUGGUAAGGUCAGAAUGUGUGUUGACUACCGUGAUUUAAACAAAGCUAGUCCGAAAGACGACUUUCCUUUACCUCAUAUUGACGUGUUGGUUGACAGUACUGCAAAGUCUAAAGUCUUCUCAUUCAUGGAUGGAUUCUCCGGUUAUAAUCAAAUCAAGAUGGCACCCGAAGAUAGAGAGAAAACAUCAUUUAUUACACCUUGGGGCACUUUUUGUUACAAAGUAAUGUCGUUCGGUUUAAUCAAUGCAGGAGCUACUUAUCAGAGGGGUAUGACUACUCUUUUCCACGAUAUGAUACAUAAAGAGAUUGAGGUCUAUGUGGAUGAUAUGAUAGUCAAGUCGAUUACUAAUGAAGACCAUGUCAAGUAUCUACUGAAGAUGUUCCAGCGCCUGAGGAAGUACAAACUUCGUCUGAAUCCCAACAAAUGCACUUUUGGUGUUAGAUCCGGAAAGCUUCUAGGCUUCAUUGUCAGCCAGAAGGGCAUCGAGGUAGAUCCUGACAAAGUCAAAGCCAUCAGAGAGAUGCCUGCUCCGAGAACAGAAAAAGAAGUAAGGGGUUUUCUUGGACGACUAAAUUACAUCUCCCGGUUCAUUUCUCAUAUGACUGCAACUUGUGGGCCGAUAUUCAAACUACUCCGCAAAGAACAAGGUAUUGUGUGGACCGAAGAUUGCCAGAAGGCUUUUGACAGCAUAAAGAAAUACUUGCUAGAACCACCGAUUCUCAUCCCUCCAGUUGAAGGAAGACCUUUGAUCAUGUACCUAGCGGUGUUAGAAAAUUCCAUGGGUUGUGUGCUCGGACAACAAGAUGAAACCGGAAGAAAAGAGCACGCCAUUUAUUAUUUAAGCAAGAAGUUUACUGAAUGUGAAUCUCGCUACUCCAUGCUCGAGAAGACAUGUUGUGCUCUAGCCUGGGCUGCCAAACGCCUCCGUCAUUAUAUGAUUAAUCACACUACUUGGCUGAAGGCAAUUAAAGGCAGUAUUCUUGCUGAUCACUUGGCUCACCAACCGCUUGAAGACUAUCGGCCUAUCAAGUUUGACUUUCCUGAUGAAGAGAUUAUGUAUCUAAAGAUGAAAGAUUGCGACGAGCCACUAUUCGGAGAAGGUCCUGAUCCAGAUUCAAUGUGGGGUUUGAUAUUUGAUGGGGCUGUCAAUGUAUACGGCAACGGCAUAGGGGCAGUACUCCUUACUCCUAAGGGUACUCACAUCCCUUUCACAGCAAGACUCCAGUUUGACUGCACGAACAACAUCGCUGAAUAUGAAGCCUGCAUCAUGGGUAUUGAAGAAGCCAUUGAUCUAAGAAUCAAGAACAUCGAAAUAUAUGGAGAUUCAGCUCUUGUAAUCAACCAGAUCAAAGGAAAAUGGGAAACUCUUCACGCAGGACUAAUACCUUAUCGAGACUAUGCAAGACGUUUAUUGACCUUCUUCAACAAAGUGGAAUUACAUCAUAUCCCUCGGGAUGAGAAUCAGAUGGCUGAUGCCUUGGCUACUUUGUCUUCAAUGAUCAAGGUGAAUCAUCACAAUGACGUGCCACUAAUCAGUGUCAAAUUCCUUGAUAGACCCGCUUAUGUGUUUGCCGCUGAAGCAGUUUUCGAUGAUAAACCUUGGUUUCAUGAUAUUAAGGUGUUUCUCCAAACUCGAGAGUAUCCUCCUGAAGCAUCCAACAAAGAUAAGAAGACUCUAAGAAGAUUAUCUAGUAAUUUCUUCCUGAAUGGGGACAUCUUAUACAAAAGAAACUUUGACACGGUCUUGCUCAGAUGUGUGGACAAAUAUGAAGCUGAUUUAUUGAUACAUGAAAUACACGAAGGAUCCUUUGGAAUUCAUCCUAAUGGGUACACAAUGGCUAAAAAGAUAUUGCGAGCAGGCUACUACUGGAUGACAAUGGAAUCAGAUUGCUACAAGCAUACCAGAAAGUGUCACAAAUGUCAGAUAUACGCCGACAAGAUUCAUGUGCCGCCAACUACACUCAAUUUACUUUCUUCUCCGUGGCCUUUCUCUAUGUGGGGCAUUGACAUGAUCGGAAGGAUUGAGCCCAAAGCUUCAAAUGGACACCGUUUUAUCCUAGUGGCUAUUGACUACUUCACUAAGUGGGUUGAGGCCGCAUCGUAUGCUAAUGUGACCAAGCAAGUGGUGGUCAAAUUUAUCAAGAAUCAUAUCAUUUGUCGUUAUGGCAUCCCCAACCGGAUCAUCACCGACAACGGAACAAAUCUAAACAACAAGAUGAUGAAAGAAUUGUGUGAUGAUUUCAAGAUCGAGCACCAUAACUCUUCACCUUACAGACCUCAAAUGAAUGGUGCUGUCGAAGCUGCAAAUAAGAAUAUAAAGAAGAUUGUCCAGAAGAUGGUAGUGACUUAUAAAGAUUGGCAUGAAAUGCUUCCCUUUGCAUUACAUGGGUAUCGUACUUCUGUACGCACAUCAACAGGGGCAACUCCUUUCUCCCUGGUAUAUGGCAUGGAGGCAGUACUUCCUAUAGAAGUCGAGAUUCCAUCAAUGAGAGUUCUAAUGGAGGCUGACUUAUCAGAAGCUGAAUGGGUUCAGAAUAGAUACGACCAGUUGAAUCUAAUUGAAGAAAAGCGCAUGACGGCACUAUGUCACGGACAAUUAUAUCAAAAAAGGAUGAAACAGGCCUUUGACAAGAAAGUUCGUCCCCGUGAGUUUAAAGAAGGUGAUCUUGUGCUCAAAAAGAUUUUCUCUUUCCAACCAGACUCCCGAGGCAAGUGGGCUCCUAAUUAUGAAGGUCCGUAUGUUGUUAAAAAAGCCUUCUCAGGUGGUGCCAUGACUCUACAAACCAUGGACGGUGAAGAACUUCCACGACCUGUGAACACGGAUGCAGUCAAGAAAUACUUUGUCUAAAAA